UCAGCUGCGCGUGUUACCGCACGCUGACUAAAACUUGUGUUGGUGACAGAACAGAUGGGAUGAUUAACUAUUGCAGGGUUCUUUGCUGGUCAUAAAAUUAGAUUCAGACAGUGAAUUUAUUGUUUCUUUUGUCUCUGGUACAGAAGAAUGAUUUAUCCAAGGAAGCUGCUAGACCUCUGCAUCGAAAAUUUCGUUCGCCUCACAAAAUACAUACAACUAGCCGCGAUCAGUGACAAGGAGAUGUACAUAGCGGUGAAACGUAUGUGGGAUAUGUUAUGGACGCUCCCUCGGAAUAUCCCCAUCCACGCAGAGGAGCUUCUGCACGCCUACCUCAUGCCCUCCAGCGGCGAGGACUUCAGCCAAAGUUUCCUCAUCGCUUUAGCUGCCAAUCUAAGACGAAUCACUGUCUACCAAUGGAGUGGGUACAUACCAUUACGCCAGACGUCGACCUUCAAUGAUUGCUACGGUUACUGUCAAGCAUAUCAACUGCAAACGCUGGACUUGACUGGUGUCGACUUGGAAUUUGAUACCUCUGCUCUAGAGGGACUAUUGCCGAAAUGUCUCUCCCUGAAUGUUUUGAAAUUAGGAAGCAAUGGUAACAAAGUCGUUUUAGCUUUAGCUAAGCAAUACUGCCCUUUAACGGUCCUUCACAUAACAGAGCCGCAACCUUGGAAUAAACAGCUUUCGUUACCAACGUUGAUGGAAGUGUUUUUUGAUGUGACAAAAGAUGACCCAGAAAAAUUACUAAAGAAAAUUGGAAAGAGAAAAAAUCCCCAUAUGAGAGCAGCAUGGCCAAAUCUCAGUAAUUUGUCAACUGGAUAUUGUGAUCUCACUAAUGAGUUCUUUGUUCUUGCCUGGAUUGUUUUUAAGAAACUCAAAUAUGUUCAUAGUAGUGUGAACCGAACUACUGCUUGCGAGGCAAAGUAUUUGCAGCUGAGAAGUAAAGUUCCAGAUCUUGGCCCCCUUGCCAUAGGAAAAUAUUUUUCAUUUGUUGACAACAUACCAUAUAUAGUUGAAGAUUUGGUUCGGGUUGCUUGUGAUAUUGAAACUUUUACCAUUUAUAUGUCUUCUGAUCGAUGUAAAAAUCUUUAUGAACACUUUGAAAAACUCUCCGAGGCUUCGUUAUGUCCCAAGGCAGUCAGGUUAAUGAAUAUUCGAACUAUAUGCCAGGCUGAACCGAAAAGGGGAACCUUUUCCCUUUUUGGAAAACGAGCCAAGAAACUUCAACUCGACGGAGCUUUGUUGGGCGCGGUGGAUAUAAAAGACCUUAGCGAACUUCUUUUGGAUUUUCCUAAUGUAGAAGAGCUGACUCUUGAAUUCAGACAUGGACUGAGCUGCAGCAGUGAUGAACUACCUGGGCGCCUCGUCUUCCCUCAAGUAUCUUCUUUGUUCAUUAGACCAGUAACUGAGGCAGAUGCUUACAACCAGCUUUUCCAAAUGCUUCCUCACAUAAGAGAGCUUGUGUUCCUUCGUCCCAGUGUGAAAAUUAUUAAAAAACUGGCCAUCGAUUUCAAACUUUUGCCAGAACUGCGUGUUCUCAAAAUUGCUGACUGGGAUUUAGUGCACCUUCCUGGUGUCCUUGAUGUGCCCAAUGAUAUUCAGUACAGAGAACGAUUUAAACUUUAUGGUCCAAGUGAUACAUUGUCCUGUGAAGACGUCAGAAGCCUUUCGAAUUCAGCAUGGAAUUAUUUUCCAAAAUCUGCAUCUACCCUAGAAGCAGAGUCUAGGGAUCAAUUUUACUGUGAGUAACAAGCUGAACAAUGCAACACGUGCCAUAAGUGAAUCUGCUCAUGCGAGCGGUGAAGUACUGUUAUAGAAAAUGUACAAGGUAUUUUGUUCAAGUGCCAUAUAUUGUUUUAUAAUGAUUUGACAUUAAUCUUCAAUAAAACAUAAAUAAAUUUUUUUUAAUUUCUAUGAAAAGGGACUUAACUGGAAACCCAAAAGGAUCACAGAGAGCAUAAAAAAAUAAAUCAAUCAACUCCGCCUAGCAAAACCUACAGAUUGCAUUGCCGACGAACUUUUCGUCAGAAUACCUAGAUUUUUACUCAAAGUACUUAGGUCAGGGCAUUCAUCUGUUUAACAGUUUUAUAGCUAUUACUAUUGUACCUGCUCCCUUAGAAAUGACGGCAAUCUUCAAAUAAAUCCACACAUCACGAAUCUCGCUCAUCAUUACCUAUAGAAAUAUUUGCAAUAACUACUGUUUUCUAUUUGUUAAUUCCCUUCUAGAACUUUGCAAGCAUACAGAUGUUUAUGCUCUAGUUUAGCUAGUUACGUUGUGCUGAUAGCCUAGAAUCUCGCCUUCGCUUAUGAAAUAUGAUAUUACCACCCUUAAUUGGCGGUCGUCUCUGCGAUGGAAUUCUAAUCCACUCUCACAAUAAUAAGACAAAGCACCUGUAUGUCAAGACCCUGCUUUCAUUGUAACAGCUGAGGAAAUAACCACUUAUGAAAAAUUGCUUAAGAUCACGCAUAACUUUAAAUGGAUCUCUCUGUCUCUCUCUCUCCCCUCGAUGCCUUUCGUUCUGUCUCAUAUAGUAUAAUGUAUUAGUAUAUUAACAACUAUUGUCAUUUGAUAAAAGUUUAGGGCAAUUGUUACAUGUGGAUACAUCGUUGCUUUUCCUCCAUACGCCUUCACUGUAUUUUCUUCAUAAAGGCAAUUGGCAACUUCAGUUGGUAGAUAAGUGUUGCCAUUUUGGAGACCUGGGCCACAUAUUUAAUUAAGUGUAUAAUGCCUUUGAAUUACGUAUAUAAAUUAAAAAUUGGUCAAGUGUUCGUGGAUGCAAAAAUACCUUUGACGGCCAUAUAGCUUACUAUAAAGAACAUCGUAUAUGGGUUUAAGCACUCAACAGUUGUUGUCUUUCUCAUGCACUGCCGCAUUUUGUUGCUGAAUGAUUGCGAUAACAGCUUCAACAUUGUAUUCCCUGUAACUCGUGAGACUGAGUACUGCUGUGCUACUUUGCUUGUUCACAAAAUGAACCUCAAACUGUGAGCUUUUUCCUCUUUUGUUACCAGUACAGAGGAAUGAUGUAUCCGAGGAAGCUGCUAGACCUCUGCGUUGAAUAUUUCGUUCGCCUUACGAGAUGCAUACAAGAAGCCGCCAUAAAUGACAAGACGUAUCCAGUUGUCAUUAUAACACGGCUUCUAUAAUACACAUCAACAGUUAUUAUUGAUGGUGAUCACGAAGAUUUAAAGCUGGGCUGAUUUUUAAAAUAGUUGGAAUGUUAUUCAUAUCUUUCCAAGGUAAGUUUGGAUUAAUUUGCCUCGUCAAAAUGGCUAUAGGAAGGAAAAGGGUAAUUUCUUUAUCAUCAAGCUGAA